GUGCACGUGCUUGUGGCAGUACGCGCACGGCGGCGCGAAUUUUGUGACAACGGCACCGCUAGUUCUUGUUUUAAUGACAGGGCUUUUUAUUUAUCUCCCGAAGACCUUAGGCAUUGUGCGACGUUUUUGUCGGAAAUUUGCCUAGCAACGUUUCGGAGAAAGCAGUGACUUCUUUGUUUACUGAAGUUGGUGAAAUGAGCUCAAUGCAUUUUAAAGACGAGAAAGAUGAGAAAACAGCGCAUGGACAGACGGGAGUGAAUCCUGAAGAAGCAAGAGGUGGUAACAUGUGUCCAGCGGAAAAAGCUGCUGCUCUUUCUGCAGUCCUUAGUAGGGCUGCUCAUAGCAAGAGGAACUUCACUAUAGCAGCUUCACUUGCACAUCUUCAAGAAAAAGAAGUACAGCUUUAUGUUACUGAAGUCGAAGAUACAACAUCGUUCUUUGGGCAGCGCUAUACUGAUGCUGACAAAGUCAGAGAAGUUGGUGCCCAGUUGAACGAAAUGUGCUCUAAAGCUAGGGUGGUGACGAACCCUGAAUACAACAAGGUCUAUGCUGCAAGGUUUUCUCUAGAUGGACUAUGGUACAGAUGUAAAAUUGUACAAAAAGUCGAUGACAACAAGAGCAUCAUUCAUUACAUGGACUACGGAAACUCGGAGGAAAUUAUGAAUCAGUCGGGCUUUGUGUGCCUGAACGACGAACUUGCCCUCAUGCCUCCGUUAGCCCUUCAUUUUCGCUUGGAUGGAUUGGAAAGUCUAGAAAGAGAUGACCCUGCCAUUUAUGACAAGGCACUUGUCUUUGUGGAUGAGCUGCUCAGAGACAAGAAUGUGAAGGUGGUAACAAGCACCAAAAUUUCAAGGGAAACAACAAACAUGGUAACAAGGUGCCACCUCCUCGAUUCUGGUGUUGACGUCAUCAAUGAAGUGCUGAGUCAAGGCUACGCUAAGAAGAUGAAGGCAAAGACUGAAGAUGUAACACUAGUAGGCAGUUCUGGCCAGGAACCAAGUGAUGACACUCCAGUACAAUCGCAUGCAACUGUUGAGUGUCCUGUAAAGCCCACAGGAAUGCCACAGUGGUCCAACUCGAAAAACCAACAGCAAGUUCAUUCUGCAAACAUUCAUCAUGACCGCAGUUAUGAGAUGAUAUCUGACACCAGCAGCUUUCUUGCCCGUGACCCGAAAUAUUACUGUGGCCGUGGUUCUAGCAGUGAGCAUAAUUAUCAGCAGGGCUUUGGACCUGGCUUCAAUGGAGGUCGUUUUUACAGUCCCAAUCAGCAAUUCUGCUACUCAGCACCACCAUUUAGGCCUAAUUAUCCUGGAGCUGAAGCCAUCAGAAGUAACAGAUGGUUCAGGCCUACUUUCUAUCAACGAGAGCAAGUGGUGCCUCGUAAUGCUUGCAGACAGCCAGUGUUGAUGGGUCUCCCUAAACUGCGGAUGGUUUCAGCUCGAAGCACACAGACGGAGACACUUAAAGCUUUGGAAGCACAAAUUGAUUCUAAUAAUGCUCUUUGCCAAGCCAAAGACAACUCUCUUUCAAAGCUGGCACAUACUCUUGAGCUUUUGGAAAAAGUGAGGCAUCAGAGAGGGCAGAUUUCAAGUGACCCUCAUGUCAAGGACAUAUUUGAGAUAGUUUUGGAAGUCUAUGAGGAAUGCUCAUUGAUAGCAGUGCCCACCCACAGCAUUGAUACUGCAGUCACUCGCUAUCAAGAAGCACAGGAUGCCAUUCGGAAGUGCAAUGACCUGGACCAGUUGACUCCACUUAGAGCUGAGCGGGAUGCUGCGUCUGUAAAACUUUGGGAGCUGCUGCAAGGUCACGAAGCUGCUGUAAAAGCUUCUGGCCAGACAAACAGUAGUAACGUUCCGAAGAUAAAAGCUGCCUUAGAACUACUGACAAACACCUAUAAAGACUUCCUGGAAAAUUGUGGAGAUGCUUCAUUGGACACUAUUCCCGAUGUUCCUUUGACUAUUGAUGAACUAAGCCAAAGCUCUGAGAAAUUGAAGGUGGAAAUAGUGCCACAAUUGCAGAAGCAAAGGGAGAAGACUGAUGCCGCACGUGCUCACCUCACAAGUGUCCUUCAGGAACUGCAACAGGCCCUUGCAGAUGUCAAUCCAGGUUCGGUGGGAAAGCGUUUUUCUGCUUGUUGCUUGGAUGCAUCUGUGGAGGAGCUUAAGUGCUGUCUCCAGGCAGAAGUGUCUGCUUGUAAUCCGAUGUCCUCUGCCAGCUGUGGUCCUCUUGCUACUGUUGUUCGGCAGCUGAGGACAGAACUUCAGAGAAGACUAAAUAGUGCAUCUAAUCUUGCUUCCACCGAAGAUCGCUAUAGCAGCCUGCUUAAAGAGCUUAGCUUGGAUUGUGGGCAGCACAACUCUGAAAAUAGCGAACGAAAAGCUGUAGAAGCCUGCCAACUACAGUGCAGUUUGCGCAAGCUUAAAUCUGUUUUGCGACACCGUUUGGCUGACCUGGAGGACAUUGAGCCCUGUGAUGAAGCUGAAAGAGAGAAGGUCGCUGCAGAUAUCCAUGCUAAGCGUAUCAAGCUUCAAGGUGUCUUCCUUGAAGAGGAGCAGCUUCUGGAUGAAUUAUCUCGGCUACAGAAGCAACGGUUUCCUGAAUUGGCACUUAUCUGUCCAACGUUAGAGUUGCCGCAGUACCAGAAGUACAAUGGUCUGCUCAAAUCACAGUGGGAGCUGAUCGCUUUUGACACUGAGGCCUAUGGACCACAGCUCAAGACAAAAUUGUGUGCAGAGGACAUGACAGUCACUGAGUAUACAGUAGAUGCAACCAAGGACCUGGAUGGGCUCCUCAUGAAUAUUGUCCGAUACAGCUCUACCUGUUACGGUCACCUGAUCCGCAUAAGGGCUGUUUUUGUCUCCAAGGACCAGCGCCAUGUCUAUGUCAUGGUUCCUUCUGUGGGAAAGCCUCUGCUGAACCAUGGCCAACCUCUCCUGAACCACCUGGAGCUGCUGCAUGGCAUCCUAAUUGCCCUUCAUGAGCUACAUACUCCUGCUAAGGGCAAAUGUUCUACUGCCCAUGGCCGUGUACACCCUGCCUGGGUAGUUGUGUGUGAUGAUGGCAAGUCCAUGGCACUUGAUCUGCCCAACUUCAGUGUCUACAUGCCGGGCAACAAUCUGCAGCUGCCUGUGGCUGGCGCUAUUGAUUUUACUGCGCCGGAGCUGCGCACUCUCAAUGCGAUGGAGCCAACACCUGCCAGUGACAUGUUUGCUUUUGGGUGCCUUAUUUUAUGGUUGCUGUUUCCUGGAGCUCAGUUUAAGCAUGGAUGCCUGGAAAACCUUGAGCCAGCUGAUGAGCAGAUCCGCAACGAAAAGGAACUGCCAGUAAUUCGUUCCUUGCUACAAGAAAAUCCAAAUGAUCGGCCAACAGCAACACAGCUCUUGGAGAACCCAAUUUUCGCUGCAUUCAACAAGAAACUAAACUAGGCCACUGCUGUUUUUAACAGCUGGGAAGGCUAAGAUGACAAUGGCUGGAACUCUCAGCCUGCCAUUGAUGUGGCAUCAGUGAACUGACGUUUUGUUUUCAGCAUCAAGCCAUGCUUUUUCUUUUUUUAAGUUGGGUAAAAUCCCAAUUACUACAGCUAUCUGUGAUAGGAAGGAAACUUCCGAGCAUAUUAAGCAGUAUUUGUAACCAUAUAUGCACAUAGCUAGCUACAUCACUGCCUGUUGACAUUAUCAGUCAUUCUGGAAUUUGACAUGCACAAAAGAAAGUUCUUAUGCUAACACAAGCUAGUCUCAUCAUUUUGGAAUGAGUGUUUUCAAAAUAAAUGUUACUGAAAUUUGUGAGCAAUAAUUUCACAGAAGCUUCAAUUUCAGUGGUGCCCCUGUUUUAAUGUACAAAGUCUGUUGGAGUACUUUAGAGUAAGUAGUGAUGAGGACCUAGUAGUGUAUGUACUGAACAUUGCGCUGUUGUAUGCGAUUCCUGGCUACAUCAGCUGUAUGUACCGGUAAGUCUGCUGUUGGAGGGAGGAUGGGGGCAUAUCGCUUAUGCUCCGCACAGCGUAAUUCACAGGAAUCUGCUGUAACAAAGUGCAUGCAUGCAACAAUGCAGGGGUGGCACAUACACUGCGUGGCUUCAUUUCCACAGUUCUGUCAUCUGGCCGGAAAUGUGGAGCGAGAUAUUGCUACAUCACACAUGAAAUACAAAAUUAGAUCAGCAUAUUUUAGUAUUUCAGAAACAAAAAUAUAGAAACUACAUUCCCUUGAAUAGCCUAGUAGUGCAUUAAAUCUUCGUUAACUUGGUAUACAGCCCUCAUUCUUUGGUGCAGUGAUUUACAAGUAGUUGCACUUUAAAUUUUCGCAUGGCUCUUUGCUUACAAUUUCCUGGUAGGACUACGGUAAUGCAGCCACUGGUGAGCCAAGCGAAAGGAUGGUGCUAUAGUAGGCAACACGGGGAAUGGAUUGCCCCAGGGUUGUUCCAUGCAUGCACUUAGUUUUUUCUGCUUUCCAUGCAUGGUGCUAGGCUCUUGCAUCUUUCCUCCAACUGUGAAUUAACCUGUGUACUGUUGGCCAGAAAAUGUUCAUGACUGCCUUAAUGACAGCAAAGCUCAUGGAAGUACAGUAACUUCCCAAAUACAAGAAAGUGCAAACUUGUUCAUAUUAUCUUGCCUGUUACUACUGAGAAUGAGGUAAGUUAUAGGAGCGUUUAUAUAUUGUUCAACAUGAUUAAGAAUAAACUUGCAAUGGUUCUUUA